CGCUACCUCUUCCAAUGCGCUCGGACUGACAUCCAGGAAUCACAUUCGAAUUUCUGGAGUUCGGUCGAGAACUCUAUCGAGUUCGUGAUCACGCGUCCGAACGGUUGGGAAGGUCAACAACAACAACAACAACAACAACAACAGAUCGCCGGUCUCAUCUCAUCUAAGGAGGAGCAAUCUUACGUGCACCUCUUGACCGAUGGCGAAGUAAUCAUUUCUGAGGAAGAUCAAUCUGACAGCCAGGGAGUCAUCGUUGUUGAUGCCGGAGGCGAAACUAUCGAUCUCAGUGCCUGCUCGAUGAACUUAUCUCCGACUUCGUUCGAGGAGAUUGCCCCAGCUGAAUGUAAA